UGGAUGACGACGAUGACGACGAAACCGAAGCUGUUGCUUGCGAAAUGCAAUAGGUCUUACGGACAUAGAAAAAGAGUUCUGAAAACUUCCCUUAUAAACCUUUUCUCUCUUUUUCACCCCUCUAAAUGACCACGUUGAAUAUUAACGAUAUACAAGCAGCGGCAGCUCGAAUUCACGUUCAUACCACACCAGUAUUAACUUCUACCAUCCUGAAUGAGAUUGCCGAAUAUCAAGGUCUCACUCGACAACUUUUGUUCAAAUGUGAAUUGUUGCAGAAAAGUGGUUCUUUUAAAUUUCGAGGCGCCAGCAAUGCGAUUGCACUGCUGAGCAAUGAGGAUGCUCAAAAAGGCGUCUGUACACAUAGCUCUGGAAACCAUGCUCAAGCUUUAGCAUUGGCAGCCAAACUUCGUGGUAUACCAGCGUAUGUGGUUAUGCCCAGUAACUCACCCGAGGUCAAGAAAUCUGCCGUGCGUGGAUAUGGAGCAAAAGUAAUUGAAUGUGAGCCUACUUUACAAGCAAGGGAAGAUACGGCUGCUAAAGUGAUAGCAGAUACUGGUGCAACAUUCAUUCAUCCUUUCAAUAACUUCAAUGUAAUGGCUGGACAGGGCACAAUGGCGUUGGAACUCUUAAAACAAGCUGAAGACCAAGGUACACCUUUAGAUGCUAUCAUCGUACCAGUAGGUGGGGGUGGCAUGCUUUCCGGCAUCGCAACGGCAAUCCGAAACCUAAGUCCUAAAGUUAAGAUAUUCGCUGCUGAGCCUAUGAAUGUCAAUGAUUGCUCUUUGUCAUUCGUUGCAAAAGAUCACGUAUUGAAUGCAGUAGGCGCUACUUCUGUGGCUGACGGCUUACUUACAAAUGUCGGCACAAACACACUUCCCAUCAUUUUGGACAAAGUUGACGGCGUUUUUACGGUAUCAGAAGAAGAUAUCAUUCGAACAACGAAGCUGGUGUGGACAUAUCUCAAGCUCUGUAUAGAGCCAAGUGCCGCAGUGGGAGUUUCUGUUGCGCUCCAUAACAAAGAGUUCAAAGCCAUGUGCGAUGAGCAAAAUAUUCGAAAUAUAGGCGUCAUUCUCUGCGGAGGCAACGUCGAUAUUGUAAAGAUCGCUAAGCUUUUCGAAAAUUGUGAACAGUAGCCUGAUGAGACCAUAUAACCAAAUAAAUGAUUUUUGAACCACUUCUGCC